AUGGACAACAAUUCUUUGGCUAAGGUCCCCAUGGCCUUCGGAUACAAGAUAUCUGCUGAUCCCUCAGGUGAAUCUGUUGAUCACAAGACUUAUAGAGGUAUUAUUGGCUCUUUGAUGUACCUCACUGCAAGCCGACCAGAUAUCGUCUUUGCAAUGGGUGUAUGCGCAAGGUACCAGGCUGAUCCAAAAAUGUCACACCUGACCGCAGCCAAGCAGAUUCUACGGUACUUAAAGGGUACCAAGACUCUUGGCUUAUGGUACCCUGCAGGGAAUGACUUCAGGCUACAAGCAUUCACAGAUACGGAUCAUGUCAGAUGUCGUCUGGAUUGUAAAAGAACCUCCGAUGGAUAUCAAUUUCUGGGUGGAAAACUCGUCAGCUGGUCGUCAAGAAAAUAG